CCGGGCCUGUCCUGAUGAGGCGCUGUAGUUUCCACCCUGCAGUUUCCUUUGGUGGUGGAGCGUCUCGUGUUGCACUCGUUGUACCAAACAGAGAAAUAACCGGAAGUACCCGUGCUAGGCUGAAGAUUGGAUCUGUGAAAAAGUAAACAAACAACAAAAAACAUUUGUUUAGUAAACAUGGAGUUAGUUUUCUCACGAUUUGAAUCUUACAACUUUGAGUCUGAUCCGCGUUUUAUGGACGGACUGAAGACUCUGAAGAAAACAACCGACAAAAGCGGAGAAGAAAACCAGCUGCUCGACCUGAAACUCUUCUUUUAUAACAGGUUUGUUGAGCCGAUAGAACGGAGCAGCUAUAAACAGUGGAGUUCCGCUCCUCAUCCUCCAUCGACCUUCACCCCUGAGCACAAAGACCAGAUUAGCCUCCAGAGUGAAGACCAGAGCAGAGGAACGUGCACCAACUCACAGAGCAGACAGCUGUCCUUCGCAGAGGUGAUGCAGUUGGUUCAGGAGGGAAAGGAAGUUCCUGGAGUCACAAAACUGGACGUUCACGCCAGCAAUCAGAGCCCCACCCCUUCUCAAAUGGAGCGGCGGCAGAAGCCCUGGGAAACCUCACCGCCUUAAAUUACUUUCCUCACCAACAAUGUAGAUUUUCUUAUUAAAAAAUAAUUCUUGUGGAUUUUUUUGUGUAAAAAGUUGAUCUCACAGAUCAGCAGGCCGGUAAAAAACGCUAAGCCACGUCCGACAGGAAUCGGAUCUAAUGCUGUUAAACCGGAAUAAUUCACUACCUUUCAGCAAAAAUAAAUAAAUAUAAAGACUCAA